AUGCGUGGUGUAUUUCUUUGUUACAAAGAAGCAGCUAAAAUUAUGAUUAAACAAGGUACAGGAGGAAAAAUUAUUGGUGCUUGUAGUACUGUUAGACAUAAAUCACGUGCAAUGAUCAGUUCUUAUUCUACUACAAAAUGGAGUGUACGAGGUUUAACACGAGCUGCUGCUAUGGAAUGGGCUCCAUAUAAUAUUACAGUUAAUGCUUAUUGUCCAGGAGUCAUUAGCACACCUAUUCCACUUAAUCGUAUAGGAUAUUCAGAUGAUGUCGCAAAUUUGGUUUCAUUUCUUGCAAGUAAAAAUUCUGACUAUAUUACUGGACAAAGUAUUUUAGAUAAUGGUGGAAUCGAUUAUUCUUAA